AUGGGAGUGAAGGGCUUCCAGGACUACAUCGAGAAGCACUGCAACAGCACCGUGGUGCCUGUCGAGCUGCAGAAGCUGGCGCGGGGCAGCCUGGUGGGCGGGGCGGAGGGGUGGCAGCAGCCUCCGCAGACCUUGCUGCGCCUCCUCAUCGAAGCCGACAGCUGCCUGCACUGGCUCUAUGGUGGCUUCUACAUGGGACCCUCCCUGUCACUGCACCCCAGCCAGGGAGUGUCCCUGGGGGACAAUGUCACCCUGCGCUGCCACCUGCCCCGGCUGGCUGCCUGGGUCUGGCUGUACCAGGAAAGAGGUUGGUCGUACAACAAGGGGAAGGAGAAGGAGCAGGACGCGGCCGAGUUCUUCUUUGUUAGCACACUGCGGGAACACGCAGGUCGUUAUUGGUGUCAGUACCGGGUGUCUUGGUCAGUAGGGGCAUCAGAGAAGAGUGACCCCGUGGAGCUGGUGCUGACAGAUCACAGUUAUUCCCCACCCAGCAUUUCCAUUCACCCCGAGCAACAUGUGGAGAUGGGGACCAACAUCACCAUCCGCUGCUGGAACAAGGACUACGGGGCCACCUUCCUCCUGCACAAGGAUGGGAGCUCAGACCCUAUCAAGCACCAGGACCCCAGUGGUGGAGGUGCUGCAAACUUUACCUUCCUGGCGAUGACCCCAGCUGACAGUGGCACAUACAGGUGCUCCUAUCGCCUCAGGGGUUACCCCUUUGUGUCCUCACCCCCUGGGGACAGCGUGAUGCUGGAGGUGACACCCACAGCUGCACUCUCAGGUGGGUCUGAGCCCCCCAUUUGCAUACCCCCCGUCAUGGAUGGGUGGCUGUGUCUCUGCAUCCAGUCUGCAUAG